GCACGCGACGCACGGGCACUGGUUGUGCGGCUCCGUUCCCCUCUCUCCCUCUACCUCGGGCUCGCCGGAGAUGGGGGACGCCGGCGCUUCCACCUUCGAUCCGCUCCUCCGGCGCGGCGCAAACACUUCCGGCCCCUGCGAUGGAAAGGAGGAUGCAAUGUCGGGACAAAUGCUUAAGCGAGGGGUAAAGGCGAUGCCCACAGAAGACCACAUAAGAGGGAAUCCAAAGAAGCAGCUAAAUUUGACCGAAGUGUUGGCUGAGGCAGUGAAGUGUGCUCAAGUUCUCAAGACUGAUGAAUUGAUUACUGACACUAGAGUUAAGGAAGCUUUUGCAGAGCUGAUGAAUAAAGUGUACCCGUGUCUACCUGAGAGCCUACAGGAUCAACUGAUUGCUGAUUUCAGACUCAACAUCCUCCGUCGGGCGCAAGAGAAAAAUACCCCCCCGGUUGAGUUGAUGGAUGGUGAACAGGAGAAGAACUUCCUCAGGAAAAAAGGAGCUCGUACCAAUACCUUGUGGAUUAUAGAAAAGCUAGUCUUGUUAGUUGGCGUAUGCUGCUUCGUGUACCUCAUGAGCCUCUAUGUCACUGGGUACUGAACACAGAAAGGGGGAAAUAAAUAUUUGCACUUGGGGAUUCAGUUGCUUUGGACAAGGACAACAACAAUCUUUUAGCGCAGCACAAGGAUGGGCUCUGCUCUGGUGGCAUGUAGAAUUUGCAUGGCUGGAGAGGUAGUGAUGUAGAUGUGUCUGUCUCGUGCGUCAACUUUGAAGUGAACCUCUAGAAAUAUAUGGCAGCAUGGCGUCGUCUUGUUAUUUUUCUCAUGUUGCGAGAUCAAGUCUUGAACUAAUGGUUCUGUUGCUGAAUCUUUCAGCUGAUUAGUCUUCUUAAUCGGUCAAGCUCCAAGGUGGUUUGAGAUAUUUCGACAAAUGCUGGCACAUCGGGCAUGGAUAGCAUAUGACAUUCACAUUGUUCAGUUUCUGUUGAUUUUUCAUUAUUGUUCUGCAUUCGGGGCGUGUGAUGCUUUCAGCU